AUGACUGAAAGCGCUAUAGAUGACCAAAGGUUUAAUUUUACAAAGGAGCUACAACGGCACUCAUGCAGAGAUCAAGGGAAAAUAACACAAAAGGAUGACGUUGUGCUUUCUGCAAGUUAUAACUCUUUUCAGUGCUCUUUUAACACUGACCAUAAAAGUGUAAGCAGUGGAAGCACUGUGAGAAGAAGCAUAAGAUCAAUUUUUAGAAGAGCAGCCGAGUUGCCUAGAGUUCAUAUGGGGCCCCUUACUUAUUCGUAUGGAAUAAGUGAGCUUGUUGACAAAAAAUUAAGAAAUGACUGUGAUCUCAGUACGCUAUGUCGCGUAAUGCAAAGAGGAAUCAGGAUGAUUAGAAUGACACGAAGAAGAAGAAAGUUCUAUGAAUUUAGAUUAAUCAAUAACAACGGGCAAAUAAUAUGGAAAGAGGGUUCGAAGUACCUUGAAUUAGACUCCGUUAAAGACAUUAGAAUCGGUGAUAUGGCGAGUACUUAUCAAGAGGAGGUGGACCCGAAAAGAUUGAGAUCAGAUAGUAAACUUUGGAUCACCAUCAUUUACAAAGUAUCGAAUAAGUUGAAGGCGUUACACGUGGUGGCUUUGAAUGAAUUGGACUUUAACGCAUUCUUAAGCUGCAUUUGCGGUUUAGUGAAAUUAAGGAGGGAAUUAAUGGAAAGCAUACUUUUGCCUGAUAAUUCACAAUUUGCUAGGAUACAUUGGCAAAUAACCGUCUCUGAGAAAGAGGAAGAUGAGAAAAAGGACACGUUGAGCUUUGCAGAUGUAAAGAAGCUAUGCGAUAAAUUUCAUAUUUACGUAUCGACAGGUCAAUUGUUACAAUUUUUCCAGUCAGCUGAUAUCAACCAUAACGGAUUAUUAAAUUAUUUUGAAUUUGAAAAAUUCAUCAAAAUUUUAAAGAAUAGGAAAGAGGUAAAUAUGAUUUGGUCUAAAAUUACGAAACCUCCACACUCGCACUUAUCAUUUGAAAAUUUUUUUGAAUUUUUGAUUACAGAGCAACAUGAGCAGCUCGAUCGUGAAACCGCAUGGUCUUAUUUUAUUAAAUAUAGAGAACCAACUCAGCUGACGAUGGGGCAAGAUGGUUUCACCAAAUUUUUAAAAGAGCAACCGUAUUUGGUGGACGUUAAAGAGGAAUUAUACUUGAAACCAUUGAAUCAUUACUUUAUCGCAUCGUCACAUAAUACGUACCUAUUGGGGAAACAGAUUGCAGAAACACCGUCAGUCGAAGGAUAUAUUCAAGUUCUGCAACAAGGCUGUAGGUGCGUAGAGAUUGACAUUUGGGAUGGUGAAAAUGGACCGGUGGUAUGUCAUGGAUUUUUAACGUCUGCUAUUCCUUUAAAAACUGUUAUACGUGUGAUAAAGAAAUAUGCUUUCAUAACAUCUCCAUAUCCUUUGAUUAUUUCUCUGGAAAUAAAUUGUAAUAAGGAUAAUCAAAAAUUGGCAAGCCUAAUAAUGAGAGAGGUUUUAGGAGAGCAGCUUUACUUUGCUGGGACAAAAACUGAUAAACUACCAUCACCCAGGGAAUUAAAACAUAGAAUAUUAUUAAAAUCCAAGAAGACGAGCGAAGCAGUUGGAGGUGUUAGUGUUAGCGAGCCGUUCCCAUCCUCCUUCAGUUCUUCUUACGAAUCAUCUAAUGAACAGGAAUUUAGAAUGAAGGAUGACUCUACGAACAGCAGUAGUACAACAAACUCUUCUAGUAUGCAACGUAUCAAAAGAAUUGGAUUGAAAAAGCACGUUGAUAUAAUUAAUGAUGUUUCUAACAUUUCUGGAAUACAUGGCAUCAAAUUCAGGAAUUUCUCCUUACCAGAGUCUAAAACGAUAGCACAUUGUUUUUCAUUGAAUGAGCAUAAAGUAGAAUACAUGAUUAAGGACAAGUACUUAAAACUGUCGUUGGAUAAACAUAAUAGAAGAUAUUUAAUGAGAGUCUAUCCUCACGCUUUGCGGUACAAGUCAUCAAACUUCAACCCAAUACCCUUUUGGAAGGUGGGAGUGCAGAUGGUGGCCACAAAUUGGCAAACGAAUGAUAUUGGGCAACAACUUAAUCUGGCUAUGUUCCAAAUACUAGAUCACCAACCCGAUGGAAGUUUUAAGUCCGGAUACGUGCUCAAACCGAAAAGAUUACUACCUGUAGUAACAAAGGCCAAAAUGAUUCCCUUGAUUUACGAACAUUUUGAAAAGGGUAGUGAUCCAGUGACUGUUAAAAUUAGAAUUUUAUCCACACAGUUAUUGCCGAGGCUGAACGAUACGUCGCCAAGUAGAAACAACACCAAUUCUUUCGUUAAAAUAGAGUUCCAUACCGACGACGAGCCGAUAACGCCCAUCUCAAUUGAUAAAGGUUUAAGGAUUUCUGCCACGGAAGCUUCCACUAAAAGUUCUCAAGGAAAUGGAUUCAACCCAACAUGGGAUGCCGAAGUUUCUAUCACGUUGAAAGAUACGGAUCUGACAUUUAUAAAAAUCAUGGUUGUUUCUGAAGAGACCCCAAUUGCAUCUGUUUGCCUUAAGCUGAGCUAUCUGAGGAUGGGAUAUCGUCAUAUUCCGCUUUUUAAUAUGGAGGGGGAACAAUAUAUAUUUUGCACUUUAUUUAUUCAUACACAAAUUUUAUAG